CCCGGCGGGGCCGCCGCAGCCGCCGCCGCCGCCGCAGCCUCGGCCGCCGCCGCCGCCGCCGCCUCGGCCACCCCGGAGCUGGGCAGCAGCCUCAAGAAGAAGAAGCGGCUCUCCCAGUCCGACGAGGAUGUCAUUCGGCUCAUAGGACAGCACUUGAAUGGCUUAGGGCUCAACCAGACUGUUGAUCUCCUCAUGCAAGAGUCAGGAUGUCGUUUAGAACAUCCUUCUGCCACCAAAUUCCGAAAUCAUGUCAUGGAAGGAGACUGGGAGAAGGCAGAAAAUGACCUGAAUGAACUAAAGCCUUUAGUGCAUUCUCCUCAUGCUAUUGUGAGGAUGAAGUUUUUGCUGCUGCAGCAGAAGUACCUAGAGUACCUGGAGGACGGCAAGGUCCUGGAGGCGCUUCAAGUUCUGCGCUGCGAGUUGACGCCCCUGAAAUACAACACGGAGCGCAUUCACGUCCUUAGCGGGUAUCUGAUGUGUAGCCAUGCAGAAGACCUACGUGCAAAAGCAGAAUGGGAAGGCAAAGGAACAGCUUCCCGAUCCAAACUGUUGGACAAACUGCAGACGUAUUUGCCGCCAUCAGUGAUGCUUCCCCCACGGCGUUUACAGACUCUCCUGCGGCAGGCAGUGGAAUUACAGAGGGAUCGGUGCCUAUAUCACAACACCAAACUCGAUAAUAACCUAGAUUCUGUGUCUCUGCUAAUAGAUCAUGUUUGUAGUAGGUAAGAGACAAAACUUCUU